UAAGGCUUUUGUUUCUUUGUAUACGCUAAAAUACUUUAUGCUUUUGUAAUGGGGGGGGGGGAAUUAAAGAAUUACUGGUUCCUGCAAAGAUCUACCUUGUAGGACACUCUAGGAACUAGGAGGUAAAUGGAGAGGAUAUGGAAGUUAAGGAUGGUGCCAGUCCAAUCUGGUUCUUUCUAUUCUGGCCUGCACCUCCUGCGUCUGCCCUACCCAUUCAUACCUACAGAACUGGAGAUGGCUUCUCCUCCUACCAGGGGAACCGAGAGGCUCCUCCCCCUAAAAUAGCCAGGAGGAGAUUAGUGAUUGUAGUUUUUCCAGGUAAGAGGCUCAUUCUUUGGAUCUGCAGGUCAACGAGUGCAGGGUAGGGUAAGGAAAGUCACCUGCUGCUUGAGUCCUUCCUCCCCCACCCUAAGUACCCUUCUGUACCACUCCCUAGUCCCCUGUCACCUGACUGGGUUCACCAGGAAGUAAGAGGUGCCUUCUGCUGUGUGUGGGCUGGCCUCCCUGUGAGCACACCAGCUAGCAUGGGUAAACUCUGUGGAAAGGAAUCUCAACGGCACACACUUUUCAUUUCAUAAUUCCCUCUUUCAGAAAGGGCCCAUGUUUCUGCACAUACCCUUGCCCCUGCACUUGUGUGUUUCCUUCAGACAUGAGGUACACAGACAGCAGAGCUGGUUGAGUCUCCUCCUGUCCCUAACAGCUACCUGACCCUCUUGGUCUGUAUCUCUGCUUCUGGUUUUCCUUGGAAAGUCCUUUAUCCUGUCUCUCCAAAUCACAACUUUUCAACUCUUUCAGGAAGACACUGAGCCAAUGCUCACCAGGCUUACAGGUAGCAUGGGCAUUAAGGAACUGGAGUCGAUUUUCUUCUGCUCCAUUGUUUAAUUCCUUAAUUCCCUGCUGCACUUGUCUCUUGGAGAUGUGUCUCUAACCACUUUUUCUGUGUAUUGGCGUACAGGAAGGUAUGAAAUAAGAUGGGAGGGCGUUUCAAUCUGAAGGGACAGGAGAGCAAAGGCUAGGUCAAGAAAGGUGAAACCCUAGGGAAGGAUGAGGAGAAAAUGGCUUCUACUUGGGGAUUUCAGCUUCCUAGAAACCUCCACCAUCCACUACUGGUUACUGGUCAUUCCCCUGCCUGGCCUUGGAAUGCUGUAGUGAGUGGGCAUGAGGGUUGGAACAUGGCUGUGAUGUCAUAGAGCACAUGAAGUCAGUGGUCCUAUGGAAGAGAAGAGGAGAAAGCGACACUGGGAAGGGCUCUGCAGGGCAGCAUUCCUGGUAGCCAUCUUGCUGCUGCUCUGGGUGAAGGGUGUGAAGCCUCAGAAGGGCAGCCCAGACCCCAUCGACGGGAGCCAGACAGAGAACAUGCCCGCUUCAGACCAAGACCAAGGGGAGUUCGAAGAGCAUUUUGUGGCUUCCUCUGUGGGUGAACUGUGGCAGAUGAUAGAUAUGGCCCAGGAAGAGGAAGACACAAUCUCAAAGACAGCAGCUGUUCGAGACCACCUCUUCAAUCUAGCCUUCUGCUUUAACCUGGCCAGUAUCAUGUUUUUUUUAUGAGAGAGAUUGAGGCUGAGGUGGUGGCCUGGCUCCUGAAUGAGGACCUCGAUGUCUACCUCCGCUUCAUGAUGGCUUACUAACUUUCCUCUUCUGGAUGGACUCCAAGCCAUGAUCCCUCCCCGGAAGGACUUACAUAUCCCUCCCUGCCUCUUGGAUGAAGCGCCUGGCCUCAGGAUGCAGCAGCAGAGAGAACAGCCAUUACCCCUGCUUGAUUAUAGUCCCAACCCUGAGCUCCAUGUCCCAUGGCCAAAACCACCAGACCAGUUUUGUCCAAAACAACAAACUAGUGACAGGGGACAGCAACAAUUAAAUAGCAAUAAAA